AUGAGUAGGAGACCGUUGGAUUCUCCAGCGCAACAUAUUUCUCAAAAAACGACUGGAGGUUAUGGACAUACGAUCAAUCAACAGUUACCGAUCUCUAAUAUCUAUAGGAACUCUUAUGAAGUAUUGAACGAUUCACAUGUUGAUACAUAUUAUAAUUCUACGUUAAUGCAGCGAUCUACUAACAAUGUAACAUCUGAUUUAAGAAAACAUGCUCAACCUAUUAAUUCACCUCUGCGUCGUCCUCAUUCUUCAUCAAACGACGACUUGUCCGAAACUGAAAAUUUCUUGAAAGAUCCUAAUACAAAAACUGUUCGUACUUAUAAACGAUCUCGUUUAAUCACAAACAAGUUACAUCAAAAUCAGCAACAACAACAAACAACUGCAUCAAAUUAUAUAGCACCAGCCAAUGAUACCUAUCGAACAACAAUAAAUGAACACAUGACGAUUGAAGCUGAACGUUUUGCUCAAUCAAGAUAUCCAUUUCCACCAUUUAUCAUUCGUUUCUCAACACCAAAUAUGAAAGAACAAUCAGUGGCAGAAGACUUACGUAAACAAUUAAAAGAACAUUGUCAACGCGAAAUCGAUUUUGUUGGAUAUCGUAGUUCAAAAACCAAAUGCAAUAUUAAUGAAAUUGAUAUACUAUUAUUUGUUAAAGAUAGUUAUUCUUUUGCUUGUUUGUUUGAUGACUCGAACUGGCCUGCAUUAAUUAAUGGACAAACAUUUAGUCGACCUUCGAAACCUUCAAUACCACCGCAACUUUCAAUUUUGAUAAAAAAUGUUGGAUUACAUAUUGAUUUAACACAAUUUUCAAAUGAAUUGAGAUCAAGCUAUUCGGACAUUGUGAAUGUGAUAAGAAUGAAAAAUAAAAAUCUUCAAGAUAUUAAAUUAAUAAAAGUUGAAUUUAGCAAACCAGAACAAAGAAAUGAUAUCCUUUCAAAAAGAAAAAUUUUGAUUGAAUCAUUAUCAUAUGAAGUCGAUGAAUAUCUUGCUCAGGCACAAGUUCUCAUUUGCUCAAAAUGCUUGGCAAUCGGGCACUUUCGGAAACAGUGCCGCCAAGUUGAAGAAAGAUGUAAAGUUUGUGGUGAUAAAUGUCCAGAUCUUAAGCAACACUCGUGUUCAAAUAAUUUACAUUGUAUCCAUUGUAAUGGGAACCACCAAUCAAAUGAUAUGAAAUGCCCGGUUGUUAAAGAAUUUAGAGCAAAUUUGACCAGUCGACUGUUAUCAAUUCCACCAUAUCCGAAUAAUAAGAACAAUAAUAAUAUUCAUUUUCGUCUAAAUCAAGCUGAUUUUCCAAUUUUACCCGAUGCACAAAGAUCAACAAUUUACGGUUAUAAAUCUAAUACUCAUGUUAUUAACAAUGACAUUUUAUUUUCAAAAUUUGAUGAACUGAAUCUGAAUAUCCAUAAAACAAACGAAUCUCUAAUGAAAUUAUCUUCGUCAAAUGAUAAAUUUGAAAAGUUUAUGACAAACAUGAUUGAACGUAGUAAAAAGGUGGAGAAGAACGUAGAAGACUUACAAACUACUGGACUAACAAUGAGAACUGAUGUGACACAAUUACAAGUGUAUUCCAAUAGACACGAAAAUUUAUUUACAAAAGUAUUAUUACCAAUGAUGAACGACUUGGCUAGUUUUGUCUUAUCCAUGAAUCGGGAAAAAUAUGGUAAACUGAUCGAUGCAGACUUUGGGGUCAAACUAGAACGACUUCGAGCUCAAUUGAACAAUGCACUAGAAGGAAAAACCUUUUGCUAA